CUUCAAAAGGUCUCUCUACUAGCGUAGACUGUUGCCAACAUGAGUCAGGAUCCAGCGGAGCAGAACAUCCAGAUGUGGAAGGUCAAGAAGCUCAUCAAGAGCCUUGACGCAGCCCGAGGAGCGGGUACUUCCAUGAUCUCGCUCAUCAUUCCGCCUAAGGAUCAAAUCUCCCGCAUCAACGCGAUGUUGACGCAGGAAUAUGGUACUGCGUCCAACAUCAAGUCCCGUGUCAACCGUCUUUCCGUGCUCGCGGCCAUCACAUCCACCCAGCAGCGGCUCAAGCUGUACAACAGAGUGCCUCCGAACGGUCUUGUACUCUUUGUCGGCACAAUCUUGACAGACGAAGGAAAGGAGAAGAAGGUCUCUUUCGACUUCGAGCCCCACAAGCCGAUCAACACUUCGCUCUACCUAUGUGACAAUAAGUUCCACACGGAGGCGCUUCAAGAGCUCCUCGAGUCUGAUUCCAAGUUCGGAUUCAUUGUCAUGGACGGUAACGGUACCCUCUUUGGUACGGUCGCGGGAAACACUCGCGAGGUCAUCCACAAGUUCACCGUCGACCUCCCGAAAAAGCACGGCCGUGGUGGUCAGUCCGCCCUGCGUUUCGCGCGUCUCCGUGACGAGAAGCGCCACAAUUAUGUCCGCAAGGUCGCGGAGUUGGCAGUGCAGCACUUCAUCACGAACGACAAGGUCAACGUCACUGGACUUGUGCUUGCUGGCAGUGCGGAUUUCAAGACGGAGCUGUCGCAGAGUGACAUGUUCGAUCCUCGUCUGGCUGCGAAGGUCAUAAAGGUCGUUGAUGUCAGCUACGGUGGUGAGAACGGCUUUAAUCAGGCUAUUGAGCUCGCAGCCGAGGCCCUCUCCAACGUCAAGUUCGUCCAGGAGAAGAGGCUCAUUCAGAGGUACUUCGACGAGAUCAGUCAGGAUACCGGCAAAUACUGUUUCGGUAUCGACGACACCCUUAAGGCGCUUGACCUCGGUGCCGUGGAGACCUUGAUCGUCUGGGAAAACUUGGACAUCACUCGCUAUGUGCUCCGGAACGCGGCUGGUGAGGAGAUCAUCAUUCAUGCGACCAAGGAGCAAGAGAAGGAGCGCGAGCGUUUCAUCGACAAGUCGACCGGGCUCGAGAUGGAGAAGGUUGUCGACCCGCAGCCGCUGCUCGAGUGGUUCGCGGAGAAGUACAAGGAGUUCGGCGCGAACCUCGAGUUCGUCACCAACCGCUCGCAGGAGGGCGCGCAGUUCGUGAAGGGCUUCGGAGGCAUCGGCGGCCUGCUCCGGUACAAGGUCGACUUUACAAACUUGCAGAGCGUCGACGACGACGAAGAGGAGUUCUUCUCGGACAACGACGAUAUCUGACUUUUCUGGAGGCUCCAUUCUGGAGCCCCCCUCGGCUUGGGCUCGCCGGGUGGGGCGGAGGGGAGGGGAACGCCGGCAGGACGCGUCGCGGCUGGGGAUGUCAGUCGUGUUGAGACGGUGGUUGAGACGCUGAUGGCGACGGACGCUGUCGCCGUCCGGUCAGGCCAGCGAGUUGCAGCUGUUUCAACUGUUGUGAACGAUGAGGAAGCCGAGAAGUCCUCGAGGACGCGCGCGUUGCAAAGUGUAAACGACAAGCACGAAAGUUGGGACGCGGGUGAUCCUUGCCGGAUAUCGGAGGAUAGCGUUAACGCAACGAGACGUCUCCGCGGCGUCAUGAAAUCAAUGUCGACCCCCUCUUGUAUUUGUUUCUCAGUGCACCUGUUCUAGUACUAUUUGCUGUCGUCGCUAUUCGAUCACCAAGUUGUAGCCUUUCGAAUACCACGUGAAUGCCAAUCACGCCUUGUCAUGAUCCC